AUGGUGGACCUGGAUGCCCCAGACGGCGAUCGUUUUCCGGGAUGGCAGAAUGCCAAGGGCUACAUGGUCGAGCUGGAGCCAGGCGAGGCCUUGUACAUACCGCCAUAUUGGUGGCACCACGUGCAGUCGCUGACGCCGGAGACCACGUCUAUGGCCAUGUGGUUCUUUGAGCACUACCCCUUGAGCUCCGGGGUGAGCUACGGGGUCGGCCCGAGAUGCGAGGAUGUUGUGCUCAUGCGCGACAUCGAGGAGUACAUCGGCAAGCACUUCCCGGAUGCGCCGGGGGAAGAGGAUUGCACGAAAGCUCGGCCCAUUAAGGCGAAGCAGGUCGCCGCCUUUGUGCGGUGGAUGCUCCCGCGCCUCGGUUCCGCAGGCGAGCAGCUGCAGCCGCCUCCUGGGUUGACGCUGUCAGCGGAAGAGGUGCAGGUCGCAGCUCCGGUGAAUGGCCUGGUAGACGACAAGACGUUCCAAUGGGGUGAGGUGAAGAGCCGAGUCGACGAGCUCCUCGUGAAGUUGAUCGGCGAGUAG